CCAAGGGCAAAGGAUCUUGGAAACAAAGAUGACACGCAAGCAAUAACCAUGAGUCCCUGGUUGCCUGGUUUUGCGAAGUCCCACGUUUCUUCUUUUUCUACAUAACACAUCAGCUGAACCUUUACUUGUUUUCUUUUUCUCUCUUGUGCAGAAAAAGUACUCUUAACUCAGCUAUCGUUGACCUGCUACUACCACUGUCGCAUUUGUCGCAUUGAGCAAAGUUGCCCACCAUGGCUGACAAUGUGAUGGCCGCCUACUGGGCCCUGCCACCCGUUUCUCGGAACCUGAUUACUGCUACAGUGUUGACCUCCAUUGGUUGCAUCGUCGGGUUAUUACCAGCCAUGCGUCUGAUAUAUCACCCAUCCUAUCUUUGGAUGUUUCCACCUCAAAUCUGGCGACUCGUAACAUGUUUCUUAAUCGAAAUGCAGCCGAUCAACUUACUCUUCAACUCGUUCUUCCUGUAUCGCUAUAGCGUUCAGUUGGAGAUGGGAAACCCACGUUUCCCACGCAAGGUUGAUCUUGUGUUCUACAUAUUAUUUGUCUGCACCGUAAUUCUGAUGAUCGACUACCUUGCCGGCCUGACGAGCUUCAUGUACAUGAACGGCCUCAUUCUUGCCAUGGUUUACACCACUACCCAAGACCAGCGUGGCCAGAAGACACAGUAUCUCGUUCUUACCAUUCCCGCACAGGCUCUGCCUAUCUGCAUGAUUGUUGUCACUGCGCUCAUGGCAGGACCGCAGAAGGCAUUGGUCGAAAUUGAGGGUCUUCUCGCUGCCCAUUUAUUCGAUUUUCUCACUAGAAUUUGGCCUGAGUUCGGGAACGGUCCUCGGCUUUUGAGAACUCCUGCCUGGCUCGAGCGUCUUGUGCAGACACCAAGAGUCACUGCCAGAGGUUUCGGUACCGCCGUUCGACCUGGCAACACCCCGUCUUCUGGACGUAGCACUGGUGUCAACACAGGCCCUUUGCCAGAUUCGUGGCGGUCUCGUGGCCCAGGCCAGCGACUGGGUUGAAACACGGUCAUCUUGAACAGUCACUUAUAGUGUGUACAAUAAAGUAGAAGAAUGUUUAUCGCUAUGAACUCCUUAA